CCUGGGCUCUGCGAGCCGGCCCCGAGCGAGCGCCCGCCCGCCGGCCCGCCGGACCGGAGCGGACCGGGAGGAGGAUGCUGCGGCAGGCGCUUCGCAGGGGGCUGCGGUCGUGCUGCCGCGGGCUGGGCUUGUGCGUGAGCCGGCACCCGGUCUUCUUCCUCACCGUGCCCGCCGUCCUGACCGUCGCCCUCGGCCUCAGCGCGCUCCACCGCUUCCAGCCCGAGGGCGACCUGGAGCGCCUGGUGGCGCCCAGCCACAGCCUGGCCAAGAUCGAGCGCAGCCUGGCCGGCAGCCUGUUCCCCCUGGACCAGUCCAAAAGCCAGCUCUAUUCGGACUUGCACACGCCCGGGCGCUAUGGCCGGGUGAUCCUGCUCUCCCCGCCCGGGGAGAACAUUUUGCUCCAGGCGGAGGGCGUCCUGCAGACCCACCGCGCCGUGCUGGAAAUGAAGGUGAACUACAAGGGCUAUAAUUAUACUUUUUCCCAUCUGUGUGUGUUGAGAAAUCAGGAUAAGAAAUGCGUGCUGGAUGAUAUUAUUUCAGUGCUAGAGGAUCUCAGACAGGCUGCCGUCUCCAAUAAGACCACAGCCAGGGUGCACACGAGGUACCCGAGCACUAAAUUGAAGGACGGCCGGAGCACGUUCAUCGGACACCAGCUGGGCGGGGUGGUGGAGGUGCCCAACAGCAAGGAGCCGCGGGUGAAGUCGGCGCGCGCCGUGCAGCUCACCUACUACCUGCAGACGCAGGGCGCGGGCGCGCAGGACCGCAUCGGGGCGCAGUGGGAGCGCGCCUUCUGCCGGCUGCUGGCGGGGCGCCGGCCCGAGCCCCACGGCCUGCGCCUCUACCCGCUCGCCUCCUUCAGCCUGGGCCGCGACUUCCACCGCACCAGCCUGCUGGCGCGCGGCAAGGUGCUGGCCAGCCUGGCGCUGGUGCUGGCCGCCGCCACGCUCUCCAGCGCCAUGAAGGACUGCCUGCGCGGGAAGCCCUUCCUGGGCCUGCUGGGCGUCGUCACCGUCUGCAUCGCCCUCGUCUCCGCCGCCGGCAUCUUCUUCAUCACCGACGGGAAGUACAACUCCACCCUGCUGGGCAUCCCCUUCUUCGCCAUGGGUCACGGAACCAAAGGCGUGUUCGAGCUCCUGUCCGGAUGGCGGAGGACCCGGGAGAGCCUGCCCUUCAAAGACAGGGUGGCGGACGCGUACUCGGACGCGAUGGUGAGCUACACCAUGACGAGCGGGCUGUACCUGGUCACCUUCGGCCUGGGCACCAGCCCGUUCACCAACAUCGAGGCGGUGCGGGUGUUCUGCCAGAACAUGUGCGUGUCCAUCCUGCUCAACUACGUCUACGUGCUCUCCUUCUUCGGCUCCUGCCUGGUGUUCGCGGGGCAGCUGGAGCAGAACCGCUACCACAGCGUCUUCUGCUGCAAGAUCCCGUCGGCCGAGUUCCUGGAGCGCCGGCCGGCCUGGUUCCAGGCGGUGAUGAGCGACGGGCACCCCGCCGCCGCCGCCGCCGCGGGGGACCCGUACCAGCGGCACUUCCUGCGGCACUUCCUGCGCGAGCACUACAACGAGUGGAUCACCAACAUCUACGUGAAGCCCUUCGUGGUGAUCCUGUACCUCAUCUACGCGUCCUUCUCCUUCAUGGGCUGCCUGCAGCUCCGCGGCGGCGCCGACCUGGUGCCGCUGCUGGCCAGCGAGUCGCCCAGCGCGGCCUACGCGGCCGUGCAGCGCCGCUACUUCGGCGACUACGGCCCCGUGAUCGGCUUCUACGUGUACGAGCCGCUGGCGUACUGGAACGGCAGCGUGCAGGCCGAGCUGCGGCGGCUGUGCGGCGGCUUCACGGCGCUCUCGUGGCUCGAGCAGUACGCGCAGUUCCUGCGCCUGGGCAACGUCAGCGCGCACGGCCGCGGCGACUUCCUGCGCGUGCUGCAGGGCGCCUUCCUCCGCCGCCCCGAGUUCCAGCACUUCCGCAACGACAUCAUCUUCUCCCGGGCCGGCGGCCACGACAGCAUCGUCGCCUCGCGCCUCUACCUGGUGGCCCGCGCCUCCUCGCCGUCCCGCCGCCAGGCCGCCGAGGCCCUGCGCCAGCUGCGGCCCCGCGCGCUCUCCCAGGGCAUCCGCUUCAUCGUCUUCAACCCGUCCUUCGUCUUCAUGGACCACUACGGCCUGGCGGUGGCGGUGCCCGUGCUGAUCGCCGGGCUGGGCGCCCUCCUGGUGUUGGGCCUCACCUUCUUCCUGGUGAUCCACCCGCUGGGGAACCUGUGGCUGAUCCUCAGCGUCACCUCCGUGGAGCUGGGCGUCCUGGGCCUCAUGACCCUGUGGGACGUCGACCUGGACUGCGUCUCCACCCUGUGCCUUAUCUACGCCGUCAACUUCGCCGUCGACCACUGUGCGCCCCUGCUCUACACCUUCGUGCUCGCCACCGAGCGCACCCGGACCCAGUGCGUCAAGAGCGCGCUCCAGGAGCACGGGACGGCCAUCCUGCAGAACAUCGCCGCUUUCCUGCUCGGCCUGGUCCCCCUCCUCUUCGUGCCUUCGAACCUGACCUUCACACUGUUCAAAUGCUUGCUGCUCACCGGGGCGUGCACACUCCUGCACUGUUUCGUGAUCUUGCCCGUGUUCCUGACCUUCUUCCCCCCUUCCAAGAAGCACCACAAGAAAAAGAAACGCGCCAAGCGGAAGGAGAGGGAGGAAAUCGAGUGCAUAGAGAUUCAGGAGAACCCGGACCACGUCACCACGGUCUGAAAGGGGUGGGCCG